AUGAUUUAUUGUAGUGACUUUUUCUCUUCCUUACUUCCAGCUAGUCGACUAGGAUUGUAUUGCAAAAAUUCCCAGGCAAUCUCUGGAGAAGAAAUAGAUGGUUUGGAUAUUCAGCAGCUUUCUCAAAUUACACCAAAGGUUGCAGUCUUCUACAGAGCCAGUCCUCGACAUAAACUGAAAAUUAUCAAGUCCCUGCAGAACAACGGUGCAGUAGUGGCCAUGACAGGAGAUGGGGUGAACGAUGCUGUUGCUCUGAAGGCUGCAGAUAUUGGUGUAGCAAUGGGGCAGACUGGAACUGAUGUUUGUAAAGAGGCAGCAGAUAUGAUCCUGGUGGAUGAUGAUUUUCAGACAAUAAUGUCUGCAAUUGAAGAGGGUAAAGGAAUUUAUAAUAACAUAAAAAAUUUUGUUAGAUUUCAGCUGAGCACGAGUAUAGCAGCACUGACUUUAAUCUCACUGGCUACAUUAAUGAACUUUCCUAAUCCUCUCAAUGCCAUGCAGAUCUUAUGGAUCAAUAUUAUCAUGGAUGGACCCCCAGCUCAAAGCCUUGGGGUGGAGCCUGUGGACAAGGAUGUUAUUCGGAAGCCUCCCCGGAAUGUGAAGGACAGCAUUCUGACCAAAAGCCUGGUGGUUAAAAUCCUGGUGUCCUCUGUCAUCAUCGUCUGUGGCACUCUCUUUGUCUUCUGGAGAGAGCUGAGAGACAACGUGAUCACCCCCCGAGACACGACCAUGACCUUCACCUGCUUUGUGUUUUUUGAUAUGUUCAAUGCCUUGAGUUCCAGAUCUCAGGCCAAGUCGGUGUUUGAGAUCGGGCUCUGCAGUAACAGAAUGUUCUGCUACGCCGUCCUGGGAUCCAUCAUGGGGCAGCUGCUGGUCAUUUACUUCCUUCCACUGCAGAAGGUUUUCCAGACAGAGAGCCUGAGUGUCCUGGAUCUGCUGUUCCUGCUGGGCCUCACCUCCUCUGUGUGCAUAGUGACUGAGGUCAUCAAGAAGUUUGAGAGGACCAAGGAGAAGAUCCAGAAACGUGGGAGCUCGUCCUCGUCGACUUCCUCCUUCCUGGAUGUAUGAUGCAUAUUGCAUCCUUGCCUUUGCACACCAAGGAUGUUAGGAGAGAGCAAAACAAUAUAGGGAGGAUCAAGAAAUCCUCAGGGCUUUGGACAAGUCCUUUCCUUUCACUGGCUAACGAUGAACGUUUCUGUU